UAUAUAUAUAUACAGUAUAUAUACAGCACUACUACUAUAUGGUGUGUUUGAGUGCAGUCUUUGUGAUGAGUAGUGAGCCCUCAAAAAGCGGUCAAUAAUUGCUUAUAAUAUUGUGAGUGGUUUUUGGUGUACAACUUAUAGUCACACUUAUAGAUAGAUAGACUGACUGUGUUUGUGAUCACUGUUUGGUUGUGUGUUAGACACGGAUCGGCGCCAACAACACCACCACUACUACAGUAGUGCGACAACCAAACCAACACCUGACUGACCAAACAAACCAGUCCGCUGUUAACCAUUCAGAUACUGUUCCCAUCUAUUACUACUACCACACCAUAUCAUUGCACAAUACAAACGUCAAGAGAGUGAGAGACAGGAAAAAAAUUGGGCGCAAAUACUGCCGUCACAUAAUCAAGACAACUGCUUAAAGCACCGGCACUACAAUUGAUGACCACAACCACGACGACGGCACCAACUGAUCACUUACUCGACUACUACUACUAGUAUUAACCGAUUUGUUUGAUCAAAACAUAUACCCAUUUAAUUACAUAUAGUAUUAUACGACUAAAUAAUUGCUUUGAUUUAACCACCAAAAGCACUGCCCAUUUAGUGUCCCAACAAAUGAUUUACUAAAAUGAAAGACAAUUACUGCCUAUUGAAGAAAGCAAUGCCAUACGGAUAGCGACAAUCUAUUAAUUUUGAAUUAAAUAAAUUACUAAUAAAUGUUGACAAUUGCUAAUAAUAGCGAUACCAUUGAUGUAAUUGUCAGUAGUAACCAUCCGAGUUGAUGAUGGGCUCGAAAAGUGACCAAUUUGUUAGCGAUUUGGUCCAAUUUUAUCGUAAUCGAGGACAUCAUAAUACACAACCGCAACAAUUAGUUCCCCGAAUUAAUGGCAAAGUUGUUGAUUUGAGUCUACUUUACAAUUAUGUCAUCGAAAACGGCGGCAGUUUUAAAGUAACUCAACUCAAUCUCUGGGAUGAUAUAUACUGCAGAUUAUUCAAGACAACAACGACUGGUGCGAACAUUUCGGUGGCUUUGCGGCAGAUCUACAGYCGAUAUCUGUUGGCAUAUGAAAAGGUCUUUAACUCUAACUUCACUAAUGAUUUGCUCGAUGAAGACGAAGAUGAGAGCAAUUAUUCUUUUAAUACGAGUCAUAAUUACACUCAUAACCACUCCUUUAACACACAAACCUCUACAACAUCUUCAUUAAUAUUGCAAUAUACCUGUGCUUCGAGUCUGUCCGCUAACAAUAUUACCGAAAAUCGUAAUCCAUUAAAUAAAUUGUUGUGUUCACUAUUGAGUGGUUUACCAAAUGAGUUGGAUUUUGCUAUAAAAGUGUCGACAAUACUCAUUAACUCGAAUCGAUUUGAUUGGUGUUCAGACUAUAAGUUUAUUAAUCUACUGUUGGAGUGCUUUAAAAAUUAUUGCUGUGUUUGUGAACAAAAUGACAACUUAUCCAUUAAAAAAUUGGAUACAAAUAAUAUUGACGAUUGGUGUCUACAGGAAAGCUCUUGUAAUUGUUAUACCAAAUUUUGGUACCAGUGUUGCAACAAUGAACAAUCACUUGAGUUAGUGUUUGGUGCACCCGAUCCUCAUAUCGAGGAACUGUCUGAUGAAAGUUAUGCGAAAAUCAAAGAUCGAGUCCAACUCGUAGCCGACAUCAUAAGAAACUUAUCGUAUACUUAUGAAGUUAAUCCACAGGAUUUAGUUCAGCAAACGUCCGGUCCAGUGGCCACACCUGUAGUUUUAAAAUUUUUAUUACUUUUAUCCAGUUGUUCUGACCAACAAUUCAAUACAAUAGCAUUGGACAUAUUGGCCAAUAUAUCGUCGACCACUGCUUUUAUUGUUGAUGACAACGAUUAUACAACAAUUCAACAAUUAUUACAYCGUCGGUGUGUCGACCUAGCGAUGACCAGCAAUAAUAUUUUGUGGACGAGUCGGUGCCUCGAAAUUGUGUCACGACUUUUGUCAUCAAAUGUUGAGGAGAUUAACACAUUUCUUGAAACAACUCUUAGGCAAUACGAGGUCUUCACACGCAUAACACACCUCAUGACCUGUCAAUACGACAUCACAUUAUUAUUAUCAAUACUAGAGUUUUGUUUAGCCCUUUCCGAACAAAAGCCUUAUAUGUUGCUUAAAGAUGACAAUAAAAAUUUGAUCAAAAUAUUGUUAACACUUCUCAAUUGUGAGUCUUCUCAACAUUUUACGACAUCAGCCUUAAAGCGCAUGAGAAUCAUUGACGACAGACCCAAAAUUCAGUCGGGUUUGGCCACAGAAUCGACGAAUUCAACCAACGAAUCGACGACAUCAACCAACAACAACACAAACUCUCAGACCAAUGGUUUAGAUAAUGAAACGUUUGCCAUGAAUUGGCUAAAACAGACAUUUGAGCCAAAUGUCAAUUUAAAUGAAAACCAAUCAUUAAAAGCUGCCGACAUUUAUGCCGAGUACGUGAAAAAUUGUUGCCGAAACUCUCGUCGCAAUGUAAUGUCAGCCCAAACAUUUGCGCAGCUCAUCAAACGGUGUUUCCCAUCKAGCAGUUUAACCAACAAUCAGACAACUGUUGAAGGAUUAGUUCAGAAAUCGACAUUAACGACACCAAACAAGACAAUACCGGCUUCGCAGAUGAUGUCACCCAUUCUGAAAGCACAUUUGAGUGCACCGCCUAAACACAAUUCUUCUCCAAACAACACAAAUACUAAUUCAAAUAAUAAUAAUACUAUUAAUACAAGUAUAGCGAUGACCACAACUUCUAGUUCAAGUUUGCAAUCGACAACUAAUACAUCAACAUUAAUAAAAAGUUUAUUAGCAAAUAAAUUAAGAAAUAAUGCAACAAAUUCAACGACAACUACAUCAGCCACAACACCGACGACCACAUCCAACAUAAUUACUUUACAAUCAAUCUCUCAGACCAGUUCACCCGCUGUCACCACCACUUUGAGCACCUCCAUUACACCGACUAAGUCAGCACCUAAUCCAUUAACAAUUCAAACACCACCUGUGAGACAACCAACUAUAUUGACGACACAGAAUGUAACGCCAAUCCAAACGAUAUUUACAACGACGACCACACCUCAUACAACAUCCGGUACUGAAAUAUCUGUUAUUAAUAGCAAUCAAUCGGCAACACAGUCGGCGUCAUUACCAUCGGCGCUGACAUUUACUCCUUCGCUUACAUAUACAACAAAUAAUACUUUGAUUAGCACAUCGAAUGCACACAAUUCUCAGACACAACAACCGCAACAGUUUUUGUUAGUUCGUACAAUCAUUGCGUCUCCCAGUCAACAACCGGGUGGUACUGGCUUUACAGCUACCGGUACUCCAGUGAGACUAUUAUUGCCGGCCAGUAUGUUGACACAGCAAAGGCUAAACAAUCCCAUCAUCAAUGGAAUGACCACUUCUGCCGUCUCCAGCAUAACCACAAGUACUGGUAAUACAAUUGUGACGGCAAACACAUCAGAUGUUUUUCUUAAGUCAGUUCUAUCCAACACAAACUCGACUAAUUCAGUGCCUGUAAGAAGUAAUGUUAAAUCAUCGCCAUUGUUGAACGUAUUAUUGGAUAAAGGAAAGUUACCCGAAUCUGCUGUCAUCAACAAUCAGAUUAAUACAAACUCUAAUACAGCAACCCUUAUGUCUACUACACAACCGCCCAAAAUGUAUAUCUUGACGACAAAGUCUCCGAUUGCCAUUAAAAAUUUGCCACAAUUGCAGACACAAACGUUGAAUCAAAACAAUAUACAAUCCUCGGUCAACGUCUGUACUCCCAUACAAACGCAGACAAAUACAACGCUAAAGGCUUGUCUUCAAAGUCCACCCAUUGUUAACACAGCGACAGCAAUACAGACUACUCUAUCGCCAACUCUAACCAUUAAUACGUCUAAUCAUUCGACUGUAAAUAAGCCAUCGAUACCAAAGAUAGCGACCACAAUGAAUGGCGAAGUUGGACCAGUUGUUCACGCAGUCAAUAAUGUCAAUAUUGUCACUACUGUUCAUAACACGACAAACACAGUCAACAAUUUGAUUGUCACUGUUAGCAAUCCGUCUCAAGUAUUAACAACAACAACAACAACUCCAGUAUCACCUCAACUAAAGAACAUAUCAACAAAUUGUGUUAAUUCUGUCAAUUGUUUGCCUUCAACUGAUUUGUCUCCAAUCAAAGAUAUCAAGAAAGCGGUCGACGACGCGACCAAAUUGAUAACAAAACGACGUAAUGAUGAAAUUGAUGGCAGUGGUGAUGACAGUAAUGCUGCCAAUAAGAAACUUAAGAUCAAUUCGGUGAUAUCCAUUCCCACCACAACAACAACUGUCAUCACGAAUUCGAUACCAAAUCACGACUCAAACUUAAGCCUGGAAUCAAAUCUAUCCGAUUUGAGCACAACUGCGAUCAACAAUUGUGUUACAAAUACUAUUACACAACAAUUAUUAACCAAAUCUUCGCCACAAAUCCUGACAAUAAAUACUAUGCCUUCAUCUGCUAUCACAACCAUAACUGCAAAUAACGCCAAAAGCAAUUCGACAAUAAAUGCUGUAAAUAAUAAUUGUAAUACAAUUAAGGAUAAUAAUAAUGCCAUUGCAAUCAUCAAUAACAAUGCUAUCACUACUAWCAGCAAUGUUAACAACAAUACUACUACAACUACAACAACAAUCACUGAAUUUCAGUGUCAAUGGGGUGAUUGCAAAAAGACGUUUAGCCGCGCGACUGAAGUUUUUCUACACGUACACAACCAUCACAUAAUGACUCCAUCAUUCCCUGCUAUUAUGAACUGUAUAUGGGGUGGACCUGAAGGAACAGGACCCGGAUGUCUAUCAAAGAGACCAAAGUUUUCACUGUUAACCCAUCUAUUGGAUUUUCAUUGCAAUCCAAAUAUAUUGCAAAGCGAUUGUGUACGUAAAAAGCAGAUAUCAUCAGUGGGUGCAUCAAACAUAGUAUUGCCACAACCACCGGCACAUCCCGGUUACGCACAAAACGCUGCUCUUUUGGCCAUCCGAAGACACGCAACCAAUUAUGUGGAACCACCGACAUUGCCUCCGGUGACUAAACUGACACCACUGACCGUUAGUAUUAGGCUAACAUCGGCUUUGAUUCUCCGAAAUAUGGCCAUUAACUCCAACUUUGUUAAAAGAUCACUUGAAUGCUUUGAACAAUAUUUGUGCGAACUCUGUAUGACUGACGGACGAGACGAAUCGCGAACUAUAGCCCAGUGUUUGGCUGUCAUUACAAAUAAAUCAUGAAAUCAAUAGACUAACUGUACAUAUAAUACAUACAAACAAAACAGCAAUUAUUAUAUAUUUUUUAAUUAUAUAUAAAUAUACAGUAUAUAUAA